CAAUAUUAGUAGCUCGGUAUUACUUACAGGGCUAGCGUGUCUUACCUACUUGAAAUGUUUUAAUUUUACAAUUAAAAUGGUGCGUACGACAUGUGCUGUGCGAGAAUGCAAGUCGUCGGCUUAUACGAAUAAAAAACUACGAUUUCAUCAAUUUCCACACUCAAUAGAAAGAUGCAAAUUGUGGGUGCAAGCUUGCAGCAGACCAGAUUUAGUUGGAAGAACUUUCGAGAGUCUGAAGAAUACAUACAUUUGCAGUUUGCAUUUCGAAAAGCGUAUGUACGGCAGGAAAUCACUAAAGAAAACGGCUACACCUACUUUACUUUUGCCCAGUGAAGACUCGAUCCAUACACAGACUGUUAAAGUCAACAUUUUAGAUUAUGCGAACGAGCCGAACGCGCAACCUUUGCCUGGCCCGAGUAGAAUUCCAACUACGCAAACCUCAGAUAACAACGAGCAAUGUCGCUUCUGCGGCGACUUAACCAAAUGCGUCCCCGUUUCCAACAAGCCAUAUAUCUCCAACAACACCACACUGGCCUUCAACGACGUCGCCGUACAACUAGACUUCAGCGACGGAACAUUACCUAAGGCCGUCUGUCAAGCCUGCGACGCGAUACUAACAGAGAUGUACGAUUUCGUGAAAGUCGUCAAAGCGGCUCAGGAAUCCCUGAUCCAUGUUGCAAAACCAAGACAAGUUUAUGUUGAAAUAGAUCCUAGAAGAGAUUAUGAAACAUUAGUUGUUAAAACUGAAUAUGAUGAUGAUGAAAAAGAUGAAAUUGAUGAAAGUAAAGAUGGAAUAGUUUCGUUGACAAUUGGUGAAACUAUAUUUAUCAAAGAAGAGGUAAAUCGAAAAAGGAAAAGUAAAACAGCUGGUCCUAAAAAGCAGAAGAAAGCUAAAGUGACUGAAGUUAAAGUUAAAAGUGAGAAUGAAGAUAAGUUGAUAAUGGAUAUAAAAGAAGAAGUGAUAGAGAGAGAUACAAAUGAUCUUGAAAGUGAUACAGGAACGGAUGUUAAACCUAGUGAAGUGGAACUUGCAAAGAGUGCUUUAGUUUUUGGAAUGAGAAGUGAUGGUAGUGGAUAUGGAUAUAGUUAGGGAAAAAGAUAGUGUUUUUUUUUAAACAAUAUCUAUAGGUACAUAUGUAU